CUGCCUCACCUACCACACACACAUUAUAAGACAGUCCUUUUCAACCAGUAGUUGAAUCAUAGUACCUUGAGUAUAAACAUAGUAUACUUCCACAUAAGCUCAUCAUUUUUUGGCCAGUGUUUGAGCCAUGAGGUCCAGCUACUCUCUGUUUUUCUCCUUGCUGUUGGUAUCAUACAGCUCUGGUGCCAUCAUCACAGGGUCAUGUGAAAAAGAUUCGCAGUGUGGUGGCGGUAUGUGCUGUGCAGUCAGUUUGUGGAUACGUAGCCUUCGGAUGUGUAUGCCAAUGGGACUGGAGGGAGAGGACUGCCAUCCUAUGAGCCAUAAGGUUCCAUUCAGUGGGAAGAGACUCCAUCACACAUGUCCAUGCUUGCCAAACUUGGCAUGUAUUACUGCAGAGGAAGGCAAUUCCAGAUGUGUUUCACCCUCCAAGUUCCAAGAUUAUUAUUUCUGAACAAUAUACAUGCUCAUAAGUGGAAGGCUGUAUAAAAUGUAUAGUGUCCUUUUCGUUUAAUUCAUUUCAUAUGACUAUUUAUUGAGAAACAAUCCUUAUAAUAUAUAAUAUAAUAUAAUAUAAUAUACCCAGCCAUCACAAAUCAAUGC